ACCCAUCGGGUAGCCGUUACCGUUGUCCGCGUUGCGGAUCCUCUCGACCGACGCACGAGCGCGGCCUGGCCUCCAAAGGGGAGGAGACCACACCGGGGGAAGGAUUUUACGUCGGCGAAAAAAUCCGAGAGGGAAGCGGAGGCGAGCGGAAAUGAGGGGGGUGUCCAAAGAGAAAAUCCCGUCCCUUUAAGAGCAAGUGGGACAUAGCGGUGCGAAAAGGAGAGGAGGGGGAGAAGAAAGAGGAAUUAAAAAAGAAAAGGAAGAAAGAGACAGGGAGGGAGGAGGGAGAGCGGGCGAUAAAAAAAGAAAGAUGACAUCCUCGCGGCUGAACGACCGAGGUGGAGCGAUAGGCUGCGGCCCGGCGAGAGCGCCGCUCGCCGGGGUCAGGGCUUGAAUCCAACAUCGAGGCUUCGACAAACACCCGAUUGGCCUGUUGUGGGGGGAAAUCGGGAGAGAAAAGAAAACACAAAUGAAAGCAAAGCAUGACCUGCUGUGCUACCAGAUUCGUAUAUUUUAACUCGUAUUGGCUUUUUUCGUACGAAAAAAUACAUUUAUGCCGCGUAGGUUGGUUUUGGUGUAAUGCUAAAGAAGUGUCGGUUUGAAUGUGAGUUUUUAGUAGGACUUUACUUGGCGGCGUGUUAGCUCGUUUGUCUCAAAUUGGGGUUUAAAAAGAAUUAAAGUUGGGAGUCCAAAGUGCGGGAGAAACGGGCGCUUCGUGGGCUCGGCCUGCUCCGCCGCUGCCCGUGUGCUGCAGCCUGCUUCAGUCAACAGCUGCGUGCGUUUUUCAUUGAGGCGACGUCAACGAGAGGAGGGAGAAGAAGGAAAAAAAACGCACAUUAGCAUGCGGCUUUAUUCGUGUUUCUAAGAGAAUCCCGGAGCCCGUCGUCCCUGCAGCAAGCCAAGACAGGCUAGUGUUAGCACCCCAAAGGAGGCAUCCAAACCAUGCAAAAGCUCCCCGAUCUCAUCAGAAGUUGACUUCAUAAUCUCCAUCGCUGUAGCUCAAAAUGGAUGCUGCUUGGAGCAAUUUUCUCUUCCAGAGUACUCCCACUCAGAAUCAAGUGGAGGGGAGCCUCCAAUCGGAGCUCAUGCAAGUGCACACGAGCUCUCCCCAGACCCCACCCACAGAGCACAUAGCACAACCUCCUUCCACGGUGGACACCACUGCUCUCAGUGAGGAGCCCCUGCCUGUCCCGGUGAAACCAGUGUCCCGGACGGCCCGCGCGCAACACAUCUGUGCCAUCUGCAACAAGCAGUUCAAGAACAACUACAACCUGCGGCGGCACCAGUCGGUCCACACUGGGCGGCCCGCAAACCCCAACCCCAACCCCGUGAAGAAGAACCACGCCUGUGAGACGUGCGGGAAGGCCUUCCGGGACGUGUACCAUCUCAACCGCCACCGUCUGUCCCACUCGGACGAGAAGCCUUUCUCCUGUCCCAUCUGCCAGCAGCGCUUCAAGAGGAAGGACCGCAUGAGCCACCACGUGCGCUCCCAUCAGGGCGGCGUGGAGAAGCCCUACAUCUGCCCCCACUGUGGCAAAGCUUUCUCCAGGCCCGACCAUCUCAACAGUCACGUCAGACAGGUGCACUCCUCAGAGCGCCCCUUUAAGUGCCCCACCUGUGAGUCCAGCUUUGCUACCAAGGAUCGGCUGCGCGCGCACAUGAUCCGCCACGAGGAGAAGGUGCCGUGCCACAUCUGCGGGAAGCUGCUGUCAGCCGCCUACAUCACCGACCACAUGAGAGUGCACAACCAGUCGCAGCACCACGUCUGCCACCUCUGCAAUCGCAGCUUCACCACCCUGACGUACCUCCGUGUCCACGCUCAGAAGCACCACGGCCAGGAGUGGAAGGAGAGCCCGGGAGGCUUCGGCGGCGCAGCCUCUGGCAGCGUUCUCGUCUGCCACCUGUGCGGCGUUCACUGCAAGACGCCGACCCAGCUCCAGGGUCACAUGGGCACCCACAGCAACAGCCAGGCUGCGCCGAGCCCCGUCACUUCCAACGUGGCCGCCAGCAGCUCCGUCUCCCUUAGCAACAUGGUGACAGCUCCCACUGUGUACGUGACGGGUAAUACAGUGGUGGACCUGCUGGUGACAGACUGCUCUAGCAUCGCCGCGCCGCAGACCCACAGUUAGCAGCAGAGAGCGGACUCUGAGCAGAGAUUGGAGAAGGUGAAUGCUGAUUCAGCUUCAGUUCAGAUAUUUUCCCACUUAUUUUGUAGGUAAAGUUAGGUCUAACUUUUGGAAAGAUGAGUCUGACUUCAGAGCUGGAACACUGGCCUCAGAGGAAAUAGCAUUCAAGGUAUGAAAAGGACACUAAUGACGGAUGUUCCUAAAUGCACAUGUGCGUUCAAAUCUCCGACGAAAGCGUUGUUUUUCGAGAGCAUCGAACGCAUCCCUCUUCCCUCUCUGCCUUCUCUCUCUCUCCGUCUGUCCUUCAGCUCUUUUGGCAGCAGCUGCUCUCCACAAGUGUACCAAGUACUGUAUAUCUCACACCAGCUCUGAUCUUUACCUCCAUUUUUGCAGCUCAUGUGCAAAGAAUCCAGAAGGCGUUGGAGAUGUUGCAGGGAGGGAAAAAAAAAUAAUAAAUUCAAAGAGGAAGUUGAGUGUUUGGACGUUAGGAACCUCCUGCAUGAUUUCUGUUUGGGGUUUUUUUUUCGACUAUUAUUUUUCACAAAGCGGAAACAUGAAAGGCUGUAUGAAAGCUCGUCGUCUUGAUCAGGACAUGCGAAGGGAUGGUGUUGCAUCAUGGGAUUCCCUGAAAAGGUACAGAAGCGUACGAAGAGUUGUGUUCAGGAGCAUCAAGCACCUUAAAUCAUUACGUUCACUAAGAAUCGAGUUUUCUCGGAUUGUCUUGCUCUAAAAGUCUUCCUCUCUGGCCUUUUUAUUAAAAAAAACAACAAAAACAACCAAGAGAAAAAUCAAAAAACUUGCUGAUCAACUCCUCAGCUUAUGACAUGGCAAAUCUUGCACCCGAGUACUACCUUUGCAUGAAAACGAACUAGCUCUGUCAUGCUUACUGUGGGGGAACUGUCACCAGGAAAGAAAAAAAUAAAAUGGCAGUUCCUCUAAGAUAGUUAGUUGUAAACAAUACUAUUUAUGAAAGUGUUGAUUUUAUUCAUGAAGGUUGCCAUUUUUUUUUUUUUUUGACUGUGAGUCAUCGCCAUAGUCCUUUUGUUUCGUCUUUGUACCAGUCCAAGUAAAAGCAUUAGAGUUAGCCAUUUGAUUCAGUGUAUAGCACACGUCAUCAUGAACUUUCACCUUUUUAUUUAUUUUUAUUUUUUUUGUUGCUUUUGAGUUGUGUGGCAUUGAAAGGGCUUUUAAAGUCACAAGUCAGGAACGUGGAGGAAUCGGCGACACCAUUCAGUAUGCUGUAAAA